AUGGACUUCAUUCACAGUAGUGAGGUGUUGGUUAUUCAGUACCUUCAGAGCACCUGCAGGGACUACCAGGCUUUUUUUAGCUUUAUGUCAUCAGUGGGAGACCCACGCAACAUCCUGUCCUUUUACUUCCCCCUCUGUUUCCAGGUUAGCCAUGUUGUGGGGAUCAAGAUGCUUUGGGUGGCGGUGAUUGGUGACUGGUUCAAUCUCAUCUUCAAAUGGAUUUUGUUCGGACAUCGUCCUUAUUGGUGGGUGCAUGAAACCCAGUUUUAUCAGAACAAUUCACACCCUCAUCUGGAGCAGUUUCAUAUUACUUGUGAAACUGGACCAGGCAGUCCAUCUGGUCAUGCCAUGGGCUCUUCGAGUGUGUGGUAUGUCAUAGUAACAUCUGUGCUCCACCUAACUCAGCCUUCUAAAAGCGGCCCACGCCACUGGAAUCACAGGCUUUGGAUUACAUGGUCCCUCCUGUGGAUUGCAUUCUGGAUCAUUCAGAUUAUUGUUUGCAUCUCUAGGGUCUUUGUUGCCACACAUUUUCCUCACCAGGUCAUCCUUGGAGUUUUGGCAGGGGUUCUGGUCGCUGAAGCUUUUGAGCACCUCCCCUCCAUCCACACUGCCAACCUGAACGUGUACAUACAGACCAACCUAUUCCUGCUCUCCUUUGCCAGCGGCUUCUACCUGCUUCACAGAAUGGCCAACAUUGACCUGAUGUGGUCUGUCCCCAAGGCGAAGAAGUGGUGUGUAGACCCCGCGUGGAUCCACCUGGACAGCAGCCCCUUUGCUGGUCUUGUCCGAAACUCUGGGGCCCUACUAGGCCUUGGCCUGGCGCUCCACUCCCAGAUGUUCCUACAAAGCUGCAGAGGGAGGAACGGCCAAAGGGCCAGCUUCCGGCUGGUCUGCACAGGCGCCUCAUUAGGUGCUCUAAGGCUGUGCGAACUCAUGGAGGUGUCCAUGAAGACCGAGCUCCUGUUCCAUGCCUUCUCCUUCUGCAAAAGUGCUGUAGGCCCUCUUAGUGUGGUGGCCCUCGUGCCUUACUGCCUUCAUGUACUCACAGGAGUCAGGGAGAAUAAAUUGCAUUAG